AACUGAUGAAUUAGAACAAUAGGAUCGAUCUGUCCUCUUCCAAUGUUUGUCUAAAGUUCCUCUCUGGUUGGUUUCGGUUUCCUUUGUUGAGAAGCAUCCUCCCACUGAGCUAUUAAGAAGAACGACCCGUGCCACAAACUGUACGAGGGCUUCGAGCAUAUCAGAAUAUCCAGUCUGUGUGCUUUAGCAGGAUCCAAGAUGGAUCCCCUUACGCUUUUUGCAUGUGGUGGUGCAGCAGCAGUCGCAACAGUCGUUGCAGCUCCUGCUGUUUUAACAGCGGCCGGUUUCACUGCGGGUGGAAUUGCUGCAGGUUCUUAUGCCGCCUCUAUGAUGUCAGCUGCCGCUGUGGCUAACGGAGGAGGGGUUGCAGCUGGAUCUGUGGUUGCAACUCUUCAAGGCUUAGGUGCUGCUGGAAUCCCUGCAGCAGGUCAAGUCAUCGUGGGUGCUGUGGGAGCUGCUGUGGGUGCCAUUGCCAGCAUGGCUGGCAACUGUACUUUGUAACAAUUUCUGCCACAUUAAUGCAUUUAUCAAAUAUCUUUUGCUAUUUAUCCACUGUAAUCUAACUGAUCAGCUUCACAUUGGAAUAUCUCUAUCAGCAGUUUAGUGUGUGAAAGGUAAGGGUGCUCCUUAUACCAAUAA